CUGUGUUGACAAUCAGGUGAGCUCGAGCAAUGGCCGCCGCUCGGAUUUGAUAUACGUGUUCUGGUUCCCACAAUGAUAAGCGGAAAUCGACCACAAUGUUCGCGAACUUGAAGAACAAAAUCAGGGAAGAGACGGGCGGUGACCUGCCUCAACUUGGGCCCAAACAUCUCGGGCAUGGCCGUCUCAGCAGGGGCAGCAAGGGCGGCUCCACUUCCAGCAUGUGUUCAGAACAAGAUAAUACCUCAAUGCUCAAGCCAAGGGUAGACUGGCAACUUCAGGCAGAAACGCUGGUGUGCGAGAAAGCUGUUCUGGAGGAGGAAAAGGCAGAGUUGGUCAAGAAGAACCUGGAGUUGUCUGAGCAGCUGAAAGAAGCAAACAACUACAAACAGAAGGCUUUUCAGUACCAAGAGGAUUUGGACCAGCUCGAGGGUUUCCAGACUCAGGAAAUAGCCAAAGUCAAGCACUUGUUACUUGAGAGGGAACAGCAACUAAGUGAGAGUCAAUCCUCCCUUGCCAAGGCACAGACAGAGAUUUCCAGGCUGAGAUCAAUUCAGGACCAAUUGGCGCAUUUGCAGGACUCGCUGGACGCGGCCGAGCACAGCGCCGAGCAGACCAAGCAGCGGCUGACCCUGAAGUUGGAAGAAUGCGAGGCUGAGCGGGUGGUGCUGAGCGAGAAGUUGGCCAACGUGACCGCCCUGGUGGACGCGAGUGCCCGCGGCGAGGUGGCCUCGGCCCUUGAGCAGGCCAAGGACCUGGCCGAGCGGCGCCUUGAGGAGGCGCGGCUCGAACUGUCCGACGUCAAGGCUAAGUGGUGCCAGCAGGUGACCGCCCUGGAGACGCAGGUGGCGCGUCUCUCGGUUCAGGCUGGGGAGGAGGGCGCUGAACGGCGGGCGGCCGAGGAGCGCCUCAGGGAGGCUGAAGGCCGCAUGAACACCCUCACCCUUGAGAGGGACGCCGCCCUCGAGAGGGCUGCUAAGGAAGGACAGUCGUCAGAUCAGGAGUUCGUUUUGAAGGACCAAGUUUCUAGUCUGGAGGCAGCAAAGAAAGAGCUAGAAGGACGCUGUUCGUCAUUAGAAAAAACAGCCUCGGAGUGUGAAAGAUUAAAAGAAAAAAUUUCCGAGGUGGAAAAAGUGGCGUCUGAAACGCAGAAAAGCCUGGAAAGCAAAAUUCAGGAGGUUGAAAAAGCGUCCAAGGAGCGAGAGGCCAAUGAGAAGAGGAAGUCUGCCGAGCUGGUCAAAGUGAGUCGGGAGAUCAGAGAGGAGAAGAGCAAGUUAGAGAAGAAAGUGGCAGAGCUCGAGUCGGAAACGCAGAAAAGUGUGACGUUGACCAAAGAAAAGGAGGCCGAGCUCGAGAAGGCAAUUAAGGAAAACCAGGCAUUAGUGGAAAAGUGCAAAAAACUUGAGGAACUGGAGAGUGAAGUUAAGGCGUUAAAGAUGUGCUGUGAACAUGUAGGCCGAGUCGAAGCGGAGAAGAAGGCGCUGGAGGAAAAGUGCGCCAGCCUGGAGACCAACCAGAGAAAUCUGGAGCUUGAAGAAACUUUGCAAAACACAAUAACUAGACUAGAGGGUGAGUGCUUGUCAGUAGCUGAAAAAGCACGAUUUCUUGAGGAGAAAGCUUCAAAAACUGACAAAGAUCUGGCUGAGGCUAAUUCAGAAAAGGACCAGUUACUGUUGAGAAAUGCAAGUCUAUCACAGCAAAGUGAACUAAACUGUAGAGAGCUUCAAGAGGAAAUUUCUGAAUUAAAAUUGGCACUUAAAAAGCAGGCACCUAAAUCACAAAUCGAUGAGCUUAACAAUAAGAUCAGUGACCUCGAAACACAACUUGCCGAGAAAAAUAAGAAUGUCAAAACUCUGACUCAAAGACUGGCGGACAUGAAGAAAACUUUGCAGAAGGAAAUGAAAGGAGCCGACGCUGUGGCUUCACAGCAGCCAGCAGAGAAAGUUGAAAACAAGGUGGACGUCAAUCACGAGUAUUUGAAGCACGUAGUCCUUAAGUUCUUCACGAGCCGGGAAUAUGAGGUGGCCCAGCACCUAACCAAAGCCGUUGCCACUCUGUUGCACUUCACGCCGGAAGAAGAGCGCCUCUUAAGAGAGACGCUGGACUGGAAAAUGUCUUGGUUCGGCAGCAAGCCCAGACUUGGCAAUGGCCAGACAGCGAAAAAUAUCCCUCCUAGCUAGCGAUAAUUUCUCAAUUCUUGACAUUCCUCUGUGAAUAAUAUUCCUAGUUUGGGCCUCCUGCAACUGCGGACUCAAGUUUUUGUAUCACCUGACCUCUAUUAACUUAUUAUUUGAGCUAAAAUUAUUGGAAACAAUGUUUGUUAUUGAUCUUUAUUACUGGAACUUUUUGAUGAAAAUGCUUGAUUAUUGUUGGAAAUGAGAGCAGAAACUUUUAAGAAAAUAUAUAGCUUCGUAAUUGAA